AUGCCUCUACAAGAAGACGACAUUGAGGCGGGAGAAUCAAGUGAUGAACUCCAACCAGGAGAGAGCAGCUUUAACGAUGACAAACUGAAAAAGUCGGCAAUUGAGGAAGGCAUUCUCAUUGGGGAAUUUCGCAAAGACAAGAAGGGCAAGAGGAAAUUGGUCUAUGCCUCAUUCGAUGCAAACCUCAAGUUCAUCCGGAGGCUUUCAAAGAAAGAUAUUAAAGGAAACAUUGUCGGUGGCAAGAAGUACAAUGGUGGUGCCGUUAGUCACAAGGAUAUCGACCAACAACAGCAAAAACGACCAACGACAGCAAGUCCGAGUAACAACAGCAAGAACGACUGGCAACAGCAAGAACAACUGGUAACAGCAAGAACAACUGAACCCCCUCUGCGAUCCAUGCCGUUCAUACUAGAACGAGCCGAAGGGUCUUUUGAUCUAUAUGCCAUCUUCUCUGAGUGGGGGGCGUAA